AUCGCACAUGCGCCGCUUCAACAUUCCAUUCGGGUUAUCUGUCCUGCGUGGUUGUCUGACUAACGAGUGCUCGCAAUUUUUUCAAUGCUCGUGGCACAGCUAAGUUGAUUAGGCGGAUUGGAUUAAUGAGUCGUGUCGCUGGCCGAUGUGGAGCACUUAGCGGGAAUUAUUCCAGUGCGAUUUUUCCGAGGGAACAACUUUUCAAAAAGUUUGCAGUAAAAAUUUUGCUCUCGACUAAGUACUCAAAUCUGGAAGUACCUGUAUUGCCUCCUGUAUGUAAAUAUUUUGAAAUUAGAUGUUAUUGUUCAUGUAAGAUGAUUAGACUGGAUUAGGGAUAAUUCCAGAAUUAAGCACAACAAAGAUAAUGAGCGGUCAAGAGUAAUCAAGAGUCGAUUAGAGAAUUCCUGUCUAUCAAGAGGAUUUUCCUGUAUCAACGAUGCCUAGAAGCGUGGGCAGCGCCAGCGCGAGCAGUGCGCGGGUGGGCAGCAGGACCAGCAUGGGCAGCGGCCGAGGAGUCGCCGCCACGAACCCCUCCAGCGGCGGCCUGAGUGUGUGGGACGCGGCCGUGAGCGAGGCUCGGAGGCGCCGCGCGGACCCGAACCAGUCGGAGGGCGAGAAGGCGCCGAGGGAGGCCACGCUGCUCGUCGUCGGCACGCGCGGGGCGGGCAAGACGACGCUGCUUCAGAGGUUCCUUGACCGCGAGGAGCCCCCACGCACCACCCUGGCCCUCGAGUACACUUAUGGCAGGAAGAGCGGAAAGACGCUGGUGAAGGACGUGGGUCACCUGUGGGAGCUCGGCGGGGGGUUGCUGUUCACGUCCCUGCUGGCCACGCCCAUCACGCCGCGCAGUCUGUCGCAGCUGACCGUGGUUCUCAUGCUGGACCUCUCUCGCCCGGAGACCAUCUGGGCGGACCUUGAAAGACUUCUCGCUACCUUACAGGAGGAGAUACAGAAGGUGGUUGCGGAGGCGCCGGGUCUGAAGGAGCAGCUGGAGGAGGCGGUGGCCAAGAGGCGAGUGCCUGACCACCAGGACCAGGACAAGAUGACUCCGUUUCCGGUCCCGCUGGUCAUCGUGGGAGGAAAAUACGACCUUUUCCAGGAAAUGGAACCUGAGGGGAAGAAGGUCAUUUGUCGCGCGCUCAGGUUCGCAGCGCACACACACGGGGCAUCUCUGCAGUUCUUCUCCGCGCGCGACCCGGGACUCAUAAAGAAGGCCAAGGAACUCCUCAGCCACUUCGCUUUCGGCACCGUCGAGAGUAAGAGCGUGGCGCAGGAUUACAACAAACCCCUGAUCAUCCCGGCGGGCAGUGACAACCUAGGCGCCAUCACAGGCACGAUGGACGACCAACACGCCAUGACGCUGGACGCUUGGAGGCACACCUUCACUGCGAGGUUCCCACAGGAACACGAGGAGAAGUCGUCAGUGUUGCCAGAAGACCCGGGGAGAGAUCCGAACUACAGGGAGCCAGACGUCGACAACCUCCGCGCGCAGAAGGACGAGGACCUGGAGCGCGUCCGGAGGGAGGUCGGGAGGAGCAGCGCGCGGUGGGCCGACCUCGACCUCUCGUAGCGCCCUCUCACGCCGACUGCUUCCCGCUAACAAGGACAAGUUUCUCUUAUCACACCAAAGAGGCUGAUGGAGGCUUCUGAACCUGCCCUGGAUAAAGCCCGGGAUCUGGGGACGCCCCUGCGAAACCAAGUCGUGCGUCACCGCCCUCCGCGCUGCUAAUUGUCCUUAACUGGCAAUUAGCGGUGAUGAGUGAUUGACCUCACGACCUUUUUCGAGGAGCUUGAAUGUCGUGUGAAUUCUAUUCUUAGUGUCGACGUGAGGAUAGCGUUUUCUUUUUCUUUUUUUUCUCGGAUGCUCUUUGAGAAAGAACACCGUCCAGUGCAACAAUGAACAUGAAUUUGUGAAUUUCAUCACUUAUCACUACAGGUUAAUCCUUGAUAUGGAGUGAGUGGACAUUGCACUUAAAAAUACCCAAUAUGUUUCACGAAUGAAUAGCUAUUUUGGUUCAUUCUCAGUAUCCUUUCAUGAUCUUAAAAUUCCCUGUAUUUACGAGUUGUCACCGCCUUCACUUACUCCAUCACUUGCACAAAAUACCGUCCAAUAAUUUGACGACGUGGAGGGAAAUAUGAACCACAAAUCAUUGGAGUUCUUUUAUGUCUAACAUCAGGUGACAUUAGUUCACAGGAGGUCAAAUAAGGGCAAUUAUUUUUUUUAUUCAAGGACGAUUGUAUUGAGUGAUCACGCCUUUGAGUGGGUAAUAAUUAAUGGAUAAAAAUAUUAAUUGUGCUGGAUAUUAAGGCCAUAUAACACUCCACGCCUGUCAAGUUCUAUGGUACUAGUUAACCAAUUUUUUAUAUGUGUAAUAAGAAUGAGUUAAUGAUUGAAAAAUGAUGAAUACAAAGGCAGAGAUAUAUUUCAG